UGUUUUUUGUGAUGUAGUCCAUUGUAACAUUUGCUUAGAUGUUAGAUUAGAGCAACAACACUAUUUGCAUACGUCAACAGCCGAACAAAAAACAUUCAACAUCCAUAUCAUCAAAUGUGAAACGUCACUCUAACAGCUUAUUUCUCAAUUUUGCUGCCGAAAUUAAUUGAAUUGGGUUUUGUCACGAAUUUAUGGAGGAAUAAUUCAAGGAGAGUAAUUUGAUCUAUCACAAACAUUCAGAUUAUAGCAGGAGCACCAACGUCGAUGAUUUGUUGAGCAUUGAUCGGCGAUGAGAAAACUGACCAUUGAUUGACCGAAGAGAAAAAAACAUCGUGAGGUAAAACAGCAGUGAAGCAACAGUGAAGCUUCAAUAGUGAUACCGAGCACCAAUCGUGGAGUGAAAUAGCCGAGCCUCAAAUCGAUCAAACCAGCCACAACAUGUCCGACAUUGAAAAUCAACGGGAAAUGGCGAUGGCAUUACAGAUUCAACCAGAGAUAUUCAAGCUAGAUGUCGAUUGCUUCGAAGAACUGUUCGGUUGGUUAUCAUUGGACGAUUUGCAUGCAUUUGGACAAACGUGUAAGAGAAUGCAGCAAGUAGCUGGCCAUUAUUUCCGAUUGACAUAUCCUGGAGUUGAAGUGUUAUGUCGCAGUGACGGGAUUUAUUAUGGUGCUAUUAAAUAUAGUAGGAACAAUGUGAAGAUAAACGGGUUUGCUGACUACGUGGAGAACAUAAGAAUUCACGAAGAAGGCUCUUUCCGUUUCGCCCAAUUGAACGAAUUCAAAUCACUCAAAGAAAUUUACUUCUGCCGCAUCAGUUUGACCGAUGAAAGAAUUGCUUGCAUCAAAAAAUUCCUGGGCAAAGCCGAGGUCAUCGAAAUGGUAGAUUGCGACAACACAGAAGAUUUGUAUGAACGAUUCCUCAAGUACUGUACAGAUAUGAAGCAUCUUAGUGUUAAGUAUAUCAAUGGUAAAGUCCACCCUGAAUAUGAUUGGAUGCUUCAACACUAUCCAAAAUUGGAACAACUCGUGUUACAUGAUAAAAAAUGUCCACCACCACUUGAUGAGCAACUACUGACUACGUUUUUCAAACAGAACACGAAUAUUAAACAUUUUGCAGCAAAUGAAACAUUACUUCUGUUCAUCCGACACUCGAUUGUGACAUCCAACGCAAAAUUUGAUUCCAUGAGCAUUUUGUUGAAGACAGACGAAAACGUUGAAAUUCGUACUUUGAUGAAUGAGUUCCAUGAACAAGAGAUAUACAAAGAGCUACAUUUAUACGUUCAUACUCCCAAACAAGGAUCUUGUCAAGUUGCUCCAACCGUAGCGGGUACCGUUGAAAAGUUGUCAUACGUGAUGUUUAUUGAUGAUUUGCGUGUGUUGCAUUUGGUAAACUUGAAAGAAUUGCAAUGUGGUCUCAUUCAACCUAAUUUGAACAUGGAAUCUGUUGCUGAUGCGUUAGUGAACCUUCAGAGGUUUAGUGUUUGGUUUGCAAAUCAAGAUCUGAUCUUCGCUUUGAUUCGUCGUUCACGGAAGUUGUGCAACAUUAGUGUUAUAAAUAUGGAGGAAGUUGAACGAAAGCCUGUCACGGUUCUCGAUCUGGACUUAUGGAACAAAGAACGAGGUAAAUUGAUUGGAGCACGAAAAGUGACCGUUUACGUCGAUGAAAAACUCUUUUUGGCAACUAAAGAAGCAACGCAGAACAAGGACUACAAAUGGAUCGAAAUCAAACGACACUAUUCACAGUGUUGGAUCAAAGACUAUUAGACUUGAUCAUCAUGGCAGCAAAAUAACAUUUUCCAAGCAUCAAACCGAUUCAAAUACAAAAUUUAUGUUGAAUCAGAUUUAAUUCAAUGUUUAUGCUAAAAUAUUUUUCAUUCAUCAAUUUUUCCAUAAAAAAUUCACAUUAUCUUUCUAAUUUGAAAAAAAAAAUUCAAUUUUCUGAAUAACCAUUAAAGCAAAUAAUAAAGGGCGAAUUUAAAAUGAUCGAUUUAGCAUCAA